CCCCUCCCUCCCCCUCCCAGCUCAGCUGCCUGCUCGGUGGAAUAAACAAGACGAUGUUGUCAACUCCGCUGUUCCCGGUGCUGCUGCACUGAAAGUACAACACGGAACACGGCGAGUGACGCUGGACACCUUCUCUAACCAAGCCCGCGACGACCUGUUGUUUGAGUUCUCUGAUCAGGACAGACCCCGUUUCUACGCGUCGAGAAGAAGAGGAGCUCACAGGCUGCGAUGCCUCUGCUGUUUCUGGAGAGGUUUCCAUGGCCCAGCCUGCAGACCUACACAAUCCUGAGUGUGGCUCUGCUCGCGGGCAGCAUCUUCAGCGCCUACAACACUGUCACUGACCCAGGCUUUGGGGCCUUGGAAGCCGAUGAAACCCAGGCUGCCCCAGGGGUGGAUCUUGAACUUCUGAAUAAUGAUUUUAGUGACACGGAGCUGGCGACCACUGUGCUGUGGUAUCUUGCCACUGACAGUCUCUUUGUAUGGGUGCUAGUCAACACAUUCUGCUGCUCUUUGAUGUUAUUCGCCAAAAUGAUUCAGUACGUGGUGUUCGGCCCACUGAGAGUCAGCGAGAAGCAGCACCUGAAAGACAAGUUCUGGAACUUCAUCUUCUACAAGUUUAUUUUCAUUUUCGGCGUGCUGAAUGUGCAGACAGUGGAGGAGGUGGUCAUGUGGUGUUUGUGGUUCUCUGCACUGGUCUUUCUCCACCUCAUGGUUCAGCUCUGCAAAGACCGAUUUGAAUAUCUUUCGUUCUCCCCCUCCACUCCCAUGCACAGCCAUGUGCGAGUGCUCUGUCUGCUGGUCUCUCUUCUGUUGGACUGCUGUGGCCUCGCUGUGGUCUGUGGUCUGCUAGGAGCAUCCCAUGGCAUGCACACUCUCUCCUUUAUGGCAGCCGAGUGUCUGCUGGUGACUGUGCGUACUGGGCAUGUCAUCAUGCGGUACUCCAUUCAUCUGUGGGAUCUUAACCACCCAGGCACUUGGGAGAGUAAGGGGACUUAUGUCUACUACUCAGACUUCAUCAUGGAGCUGGCCAUGUUGUUUCUGGACCUCAUGCACCAUAUCCAUAUGCUGCUUUUUGGUAACAUCUGGCUGUCCAUGGCGAGCUUGGUCAUCUUCAUGCAGCUGCGGUAUCUCUUCCAUGAGGUCCAGCGUCGCGUUCGCCGACACAAGAAUUACCUUCGUGUCAUCAACAACAUGGAGGCCAUGUUUGCUGUUGCUACUGCCGAGGAGCUGACAGCUAAUGACGACGACUGUGCAAUCUGCUGGGACACCAUGCUGACGGCACGAAAACUACCCUGCGGCCAUCUCUUCCACAACUCUUGUUUGCGGUCGUGGCUCGAGCAGGACACAUCAUGCCCAACAUGUCGGACAUCCCUGAACAUCAGUGGCGAUAGGGGCCCAGCGAGAGGCCAGCCGCAGGGCGCAGGUCUGGGGGACAACGCCGGCCCCGGAGGAGCCGCUCCAGAAGCCAGACCACACAUCAACCAUCACAACCACUUCUUCCACUUUGAUGGAUCUCGCAUUGCCAGCUGGCUGCCCAGUUUCUCAGUGGAAGUAAUGCACACCACCAAUAUCCUGGGCAUCGCUCAGGUCAACAACAACUCCCAGCUCAUGGCCAUGGCCCAUCAGAUCCAGGAGAUGUUCCCUCAGGUGCCAUCCUACCUGGUGAUGCAGGACCUGCAGUUGACCCGCUCUGUGGAGGUCACCACUGACAACAUCCUGGAGGGACGCAUCCAGGUACCCUUCACAACACAGGCCAUAGAGCGCUCCCCUAUACAGGGGAACAAUGCAGGAGAGGAGCAGGCAGGGUCCAAUGGGGCAGCAGAGCAGGAAAUCAACGAGGUAGACAGCCUGGAGGUCAGAGGAGGUCGCUUCUCUAAGUCUGCUGAGGAAAGGCAGAAGAUGCUAAUGCAGAGGAAAGAUGAGCUGCUCCAGCAAGCUCGCAGGAGAUUCCUGAACAAGGGUCCAGAGGAUCAGGACGAGGAUUUGCCUGGACUGGAGGAGGACAUUGUCCCAGAGUUGGACUCGAGUGUCCUGAGACGUAGAAUCGUGGCAGCAGCUGCAGAGGGACGCAUGCAGAUCCAGCUAAACCCCUCACCCUGAUGCAAAGAUUGGCUUCAGCUGAAGAGCCUAAAACAUCAUCAUCCCAUGAGGCAAAAACAGAGCUCCUUCAACCUCUCCCCCGUCAAUGGUCACCAUCUAUUCAACCCUCUAAUUAAAAUGCAUUGCAAACAUGGCCUUUGGACCGUUCUGAGCUGCCUAAAUUAGGUGGGACUACUGUGAAUAGCCUCUGCAUCACUGAUACAAGCCUGAGUAUUUGGAGCAUUAUAUAAAUUGAUGGGUGCAAGUUAAGAAAUGCAAUGCUGCAUUGCCCUUUACUCUCGUGCCAUACAUUGCUACCACCAGCUUCCAUAGAGUCAGUGUCUGCUGUGGGAGAUGAGCAUGCUUUGUAUUCAGGAGAUCCAAGUCUUUCAUGAGGAGGGUUUGAAGGUGUUAUUAUUAUUCGAAAAAGCUACUUUUUGGGUCCUUGUUUGUUUUCCUUUUAAAAAAUUGUUUUUCACACUUUUUGCUCAUGGCCGAAAGCUUCGUAUUGUGGACGGAGAAACUCGGCUGACGUAUUUUUGUGUUAUUUUACGAGUUUCAACUGUGAAUCAAGUGUAGGCUUAUUUCUUACCUUUGAGUAGGAGAAUGUCACUUUAGUAUUGUUCAGCCUUUCAGUCAAAUAUGAAUGUCUCUAUCAAAGCAAUGCUGCAGUGUUGUUUUUGACCCAAACGGGUUGUUCUGUAUUUAGUGUGUAUUAACACCCAGUGCAAAUAGGUUUUCAUUUGUUGUCUAACACAAGGAGGGAGUUCACGUGUAAUUAUUUGUUUUGUAAAACUGGCCCCAGAUAAACAGAGGGGAUAUAUCACAUUUUGUACACAAACCAUAGUUCUCGUCUUUUUCAUUUUCUUAUAUUACUCACUGCUGUUGAGUUGUGAAAAUAUUCUUGUCAGUUGAGAAUUGCCAACCAGGUCUGAUUUCUUUUGAACUUGUGCAGAAAUAGCUAAGUCUGUAGCAGUUGGACUUGCUCCUCAGUAUUUCGAGGAUGUUUUGCUGCUUUUUCAACAGUGUUCAGAACGUUAGGUGACGCCUCUUGGAUGAGCAGCAACAUGAUCUCAGUAACUUAACACAAAUCACCAUGUGUUUGCUAAUUAUAGAUCUAAUAUAUAUUAAUCAGGUGAAUGACUGAGAAUCUUAUUGAAGUUUUGGAGGGGGUGUUUUUUGUUUGUACAGCCUUUGUCUACUCACAUUGAGAAGUGCUAACUGAAACAUACCAGCAGGGAACAUAAUCAUCCUCUGCUAAAAGACUUUUUACAGAAAGUAACUUGGGUGCUGUCAAUUUACACUGAAUCUGUAGCUGGUUGAGACGUGUUGACGGACACAAAGACGGACACUGACACUGUGUGUAUUAUAAGUGUUUGAUUUCUUCGAUUACUGUGCGAGGGAAGUUGGGGGGGAGGUUUGCAUGAAUCCAGACAAGUGCUUUUGUUUGCUUCCACUUUAUCCCAAAGAGCAGCCCACAAACUUCCUCAAGAAGCUGAUGUGUUGUGAUAUUGAUUGUGUGUUUUCAUUUUAUUGCUCAAACUCUGUUUGGGGGUGUUGUAACAAAUAUUGGAUUUAGAUUUCAAGUUUUCAGUUAUUUAAAUAUUAAAAAAAAGGACGGUUUUAUUUUCAUUUUCAGUUUGUCUUCCUGUUCCUUAACAUCUUUGAAUAUCCAUGAUAUAUUUUCCAAAUCAUGGGUUAUCUUUCAUAACCAUGUCUUAUUUAAUCAAAACCUAAAUACCUAUUUGGACUGAGCUUUCCUGUAAUUGUGUGCCUAAAUUAAGAAUGGUUUGGUAAUGGAUGAUUUCUGUAAAUCUAGUUUUUGUAAAAUAUGUCAAUACAAAAGACUCAAUAAAUAGAGCUUCUACGGCUUUUUAACUAAA